AGGCAUCGCUAUCUAUUCACUUGUAUAGCCCAAUUCCCUAUCAGUAGUCGUAUUGUAAAUACAUUUCGCAAUGUCUCUACUACUUUUCAUCUGCACUUUGCAAAUUUUUGCAAUUUUUAGUCCAGCUUCGGCACAAACAACUGGCCCUCCUCCUCAAGACUUUCCAGUCUUUCCGGUUCUGCUUGGCACCGUGGAUUUGAAAUCGUACUACUACAACAGCACACUAUUUAUGGACUGGUUUGCCGCUAGCCGAUACUGCGAGCAGUGGGGAAUGCGCCUGGGCGAAAUAAAGACGCAAGCCGAGCAGGACUUUUUUGAUUUGAAAACUAAAAAUGAAGCAUUUACUGGACAAUUUUGGAUGGGAGCGCGGGAUUCUGUGUCACGUGACCAAUUCACCUGGGACGGGUACGAUUCUUGGGAACAACUGAAAUUAGGCGAUUUUGGACAACGGUUCCUCUUUUAUUCACCUCAGACGUGCGUAACUUUGAUGGCGUAUGGUUCCUUCGGGGAAAGUGAGACUUUUUGGUAUUCCAUGCCAUGCGAAAAUGACUGGUUCUCCCCGUUAUGUGAAGGUGCUAAUCGACAUAAUCCGUACAGGUUUUAAAAUAUGUUUGUUUUGUGUGGAUAGAGAUAAAGAUAAAAUUUGGCAUUAAAAUAUAAAUUUAGCACAUUUGUCGUGUUAUUUAUAAUGAAACUGUAAUUCCCAAUUAUAUUUUAAUAAUUCUGAUAGUAUCAUACAUAAUCCUGACAGACUUUAUGUAAAACAAUCGUGGGAAUAAAUAAAAAAUAAUAGUACUCAGCACUGCAAAA